UUUUAGUGGUUUUUUAAUAAUGAUGAGCUCAGUUAGAUCGAGAGAAAAUAGAAAGCAUUCUCAGGCUAGCAAAUCAUUAAAUUUUAGUCUUCCGAGAAGAGCUUCAUCAUAAAUAAAGUAACCAAUUAUUUAAGAAACAGAAUCCAUCAUUUGCCUAGCAUCUCUAAUAAUUCCACAUGUUGCAGCAAUUCGAAUACAUCAAGUCCUCCAUAAAGUUGCUCGAAGUUAGAGGAUGAUUGUAUUGACAGUAAUUGAUCAUUUUGAUUAAUAGUUUCUCCUGUUUCUAAAAAUACAUCUGAAGAUCCCUUGAAUUACUUUAAUUAUGAGGAUUUCAAUUCGAUUCUUCCAAUCACUAUCAAUGGAGUCAAGAUCUUGAAGAUUGAUUGGAGUUACUUUUCAGCUCCUCCAAAUAAUUUGUCACGUUGGAAAGCACAUUGCUUCUGGACUGUCGGAUACACUUUUGACAUCAAUAUGAAGAAAAUGAAGAAAUCCUCAAAUAUAAAAUAUCGACUUGUCAUUUAAAGUUGGUGUUGUCUCAACAAUAAAUCUUGGGUGAAGAAUAAAUGGGAUAGAUUGCUGGAACAUGAAACUGGACAUUAUUUGAUUGGGUGUCUUUGUGCUUUGGAAUUCAAAUAAAAGUAUAAAUAUCCUCUAAUUGUAGAGCUGACAAAUUCAAGUACACCAAAAAUUACAGGAUGGAAUGCACUAAAUUGUUUUAAGAUACCUUCUAAUAUUACCUCCAAAUGGAAAGGCAGUAUGAUGAAGAAACAAAUCAUAGUUAGAAUGUGUCCAAAUAAAAAGAAUGGAACGAAUUCAUCAAGUCAGAACUUUUAAAAUAUUGAUCAUUUAUUAAUAAUCUAUCUCAUUAAUCC